ACCAAUGGGAAGCCAACACGUAUUCAACGCCCCUAUGUAUUAUCGCCGGUGACGGUUCUCGUUCGAUUGCCGUGUUAGUUAAUUACUGCCGAUAGCAAUGAUCGUGAUGGAUUACACGGUGCGUCUGCUUUUAUCAAGCUUCGCAAUACUUUCGCUUCACAUAAACUGCAUUCAAGCCAAAGGGACUCAGCAUGUAACCUGCGGCUCUGUACUGAAGUUAAUGAAUGUAGACUACAAUGUGAGAUUACAUUCCCACGAGGUGAAGUACGGCAGUGGCAGUGGGCAGCAGUCGGUAACGGGUACCACUGCCAAGGAAGACGGCAAUUCCUACUGGCUCGUCAAAGCGGAGUCAGGAAAGCAGUGCCUGCGAGGGAGACCGAUUAGAUGCGGCGACACUAUCAGAUUGGAGCACAUCAUGACGAAGAAGAAUCUUCACUCGCAUCUCGUUAGCUCACCCCUGACCGCAAAGCAGGAGGUCUCCGCCUACGGGGAUCAGAACGGAGACGGCGAUACCGGCGAUAACUGGAUACUGAUAUGCAACAAUGAUUUCUGGGAGAGAGAUGAUACAAUUAUGUUGAAGCACGUCGACACCGAAAAAUUCCUGGCUGUCAGUGGUAGAACUUACGGUACUCCAAUCAGUGGUCAAAACGAAGUAGUAGGCGAAUAUUCUGCAAACAGUCCUCACACGCAGUGGUCGGUGAUGGAAGGGCUGUUUAUUCAUCCCAAUGACUUCAAGGCGCAGCAUAAUCAGCACACGGAAUUAUAAAGACAAUUUUUAUAACGGUAAUUUUAGUCUCCACGGCAUGUAUGUGUGCGUUGCGGAGAAUGCCUGAAUAAAUUAGGGAAAAGUGCAUCAUAUUACCAAAAAAAGGAUAUAAUUUAAAUGUCAUUAAAUGACGUUCUUCUCUCGAGCUCAAUUUAAGCAAACUGCGAUUUCAAAAUUUUCACGAUAUCAAUGUCGUAUUUUGUUUGAGAAAAACUUUACAGAAUUAAUUGCUUAAAGUUUGUGAAAUUAUAAUUAGAUUUCAGUUGUAAUUGAAAUUCAAUAUAAUCCUCAGCCUCCUGCUGUCACAUUUUGUGUUAUCAUUUAACACAUUUUAAAUUUUAAUGCUGGUAAUCAUAUAAAUAAAAUAAAAUAAUUGAAUAAAUUAAAAUCAUAGUUUACCAAAUAAUUUAGGAAGAUAACUACAUCAACUAUCGAACAUACAUAAAAAGCAAACCGAACCGAAUAAAACGUAUAUCCGAAAAUGAUCAAUAUGGGAACAAAAUAAACACAGGCGCAAUAAUACUUUUUUUUAUAUAGAAUAUCUACCUGAAAGGUAGAUAUUCACUUAUAUUAACUUAUAAUAAUUUAGCAACAAACGUUCUGAAUCGAACCUUAUAUAAGAAACAUGAGAAUUAAUUAUUUACACGGUCUCUGGAAAAUGAUCUCAUUAUAACAAUUAUACUUCCGUGAACCUAUUAUACGAUACUUCUACUAAUCACGUAUGAAAAGCGAUAUUCAAAAAGAGCUACUAGUUGUAAUUGCAAAGGUCACAAACAUUCGGAAAAAGGUUGUAACCCGUUAGAAAAUGAUACCUAUCUACCUAUAGACUAUUAAUAUCCUAGAAUAUUUGGUAAUUGUAAAAUGCGCUGAUAUCUGUGUUCUCUAUCUAUGUAUGAAUGCGUAUGUUGUACAUAUGACUGUAUUUAUUGCUACAUAAGUACAUAAUAAAAGAAAUGUAUAUGUUAAAUCUAA